CCCAUUGAUCGGAAAAAGCUGAAAUCUGGGAGUUGUACAGCAAAUCGAUCAACUGAGAGAGCAAAGAUGAAUUCAAUGGUGGCUUUGGGGAAGAAAUUCACGAGAAAUAUUCAAGAUAACAAACGUAGAUUGUUGUCUGCUAAGUAUGAAUUGAGGCGAAAGUUGUAUAAAGCUUUUGUUCAAGAUCCUCAACUUCCUCCUGAAAUGCGAGAAGCUCAUCAGUACAAGCUUGCCAAGUUGCCCAGAAAUAGUUCCUUUACGCGAAUCAGAAAUCGGUGCAUUUUUACUGGUCGACCUCGUGCAGUUUAUGAAAAGUUUCGAAUGUCUCGUAUUGUUUUUCGUGGUUUGGCUGCCCGUGGUGCUUUGCAGGGUGUAAAGAAAGCUUCUUGGUAGACAAUACAAUACCCAGGUAA